AUGGGAGACCAGUACGAGCCACUGGGGAACUUGGGUAAGUGUUAUUCGUGUGGAGCGGCUGAAAAUAGUGCUAAUUAGUAUGAGAAAGUGAUUAAACUGCUAGUUGGGAUGAGUAGUUUAUGAUAGUGCUAUAUAGGAUGAGAAAGUGAAAAUAGUGUUAUUUAGUACGAAAAAAUGAGAAUAGUGCUAUAUAGUACGAAAAAGUGAAAAUAGUGCUAUAUAGUACGAAAAAGUAAGAAUAGUGCUAUAUAGUACGAAAAAGUAAGAAUAGUGCUAUAUAGUACGAAAAAGUGAAAAUAGUGUUAUUUAGUACGAUAAAAUGAGAAUAGUGCUAUAUAGUACGAAAAAGUGAGAAUAGUGCUAUAUAGUACGAAAAAGUAAGAAUAGUGCUAUGUAGUACGAAAAAGUAAUUUUUCUACUAGUUAGGAUGAGUAUUUUAUGAUAGCGCUAUAUAGGAUGAGAAAGUGAAAAUAGUGCUAUUUAGUACGAUAAAGUAAAAAUAGUGUUAUUUAAUACGAAAAAUGAGAAUAGUGCUAUAUAGUACGAAAAAGUGAGAAUAGUGCUAUAUAGUACGAAAAAAGUAAGAAUAGUGCUAUAUAGUACGAGAAAUUAAUUUUUCUACUAGUUAGGAUGAGUAUUUUAUGAUUGUGCUAUAUAGUAUGAGAAAGUGCGAAUAGUGGUAUAUAGCACGAAAAAAAAUAAAAAUAGUGCUAGUUAGUACGCCAAAAAAAGUGGUAUUAAGGAUAGCCUUUAUUGGUAGUUAAUUAGUUUUUUACUCAGUAGAAACGCCAUUUUAACUCAACCAAUUUUAGCCAAUUCACCCGCCCCUGGUGGAGCGGACAACUACGAAGUCUUACCGUCGCCGGGAGCGAAUGUUCCUCCUCCACCUCCACCAGCAGCAGCCGCGAAACCGCCACCCGCCACUCCACCACCACCCCCAGCCGCAGAAAAGCCUCCGGCCUCGGAGAAGAAGAAGAAAGAAGUCAGUGUGAACGAAGAGAGCAAAGUGGUAAGUUUGGAGUGGUGAAUUUUGGAAUAAAGGGGUAGUUUUGGAAGAGGGUGUUUUGUGAAUCAAGCCUAGGUUUAAGCCUAGUAAACUUCAAGGCUAGAAGGUAGAUUUUAAGCCGAUAGGUUUAAGCCUAAAAUAUAGAUAUUAAGCCUGAAGGCUAUGUUCUAAACUUAGAGCUUAAUUCUUAAACCCUGAUCGUAGCUCUUAGGCCUACCGCAUAGUUUUAAGCUUAAAAGCUAGACGUUAAGCCUAAGAACUAUAUAUCAAACUUUUAAAGGCUAGAUUUGAUGCCUAACUCUUAUUUUUAAAACCACAAGCUUAGUUUUUAAGCCUAACAUUUUAUUUUUAAGUCUAAAAGCAAAACUGCAAGCCUAAAAGCUAUAUUUUAAGCCGAAGAGCUAGACUUUAAGCCUUGUUUUCAGGCCUCACGCCUAGUUUUUGAGUUUAAAAGCUAGAAUCCAAGCAUAAAACUAGUAUCUAAGCCUAAAGCUUUAUUAUUAAAAAUUUAAGCUUACUUUUUAAGCUUAACGCAUAUUUUUUAAGCCUACGGCUUGCUUUCUAAUUUUAAAAGUUAUAGUUUAAGCCUGAAGAUUCAUUUUUGAUACUUGAAGCUUACUAGGGAAUUGCACCAAAUAUCCCUCGGCUUUUUGAACGAGACCUAUAUAGGAUGAAAGAGCAUAAAAAGUUACCGGGAGAACUGUUUUCAAAAAUUGCUAAAUAGACUUGGCUAACGAGUUACAGUAUGCUCUAUAUACUUAUAUGUUUACAAGGUGUAGCUUUAAAGUUAAAAAAAUUAUAUUUUUUGAUAAUUAUUUGUUCCUAAAAGUGUCUAAAAGCACCAAAUACAAGUUAAAAAAUAUUUUUUAAAACUAAAUAUUGUUUGGCUAGCCAAAACUUUCUGUCAGUAUGGCUGGGCGCCAUAAUGAAACCGACGGGAUUCGAACUUCCCCUCUUCUGCACCCCAGAUUAACCUGUUAGCCACUCGAACACACUGGAUUGAAGCUUCAAUCCAUUCGUUUUGCUCAAGACGAAUGAGAAGGGUCAAAUAGAAAACCCUAUGUAAAUCCUUUAAUCGCUAACAUCCCGCUAGCCAAACCUAUUUAGCAGUUUUUGAAAACAGUUUUGCCGUUAACUUUUUAUGCUCUUUCAUCCUAUAUAGAACUCGUUCAAAAAGCCGAGGGAUAUUUGGUGCAACUCCCUAGUUAGUUUUCAAGACUAACGUUUUGUUUUUAAGCCUAAAAGCUAUACUUUAAGCCUACGACCUAGAUAUUGAGCAAAAAUCUGGAUAUUAAACCUAUGAGGAUCAAUUUUUAAGCCUAAAACUAAAUUGUAACUUAUAAUUUUUAUAUGAUUCAUAAUACUGUUGCUUUUCAGAAUGAACCAUCGGUAGCUGACAGAGAGGAUGUUUCAAGUAAGCCAUUUUUUAAAACUGACAAUUUAUUUUUUUUAAUUUUUUGUAUUUUUAAAUUUUUAAAAUUUAAUAUUGUUCAUUUCCAGUGGCCAAAAAGACGGAUGCGAAGAAGAAGAAAAAAGGAAGUUGUUGUUGUUGCUGCUGCUGUAUACUGCUAGUCCUCUUACUGCUCAUAGCGGCCGGUGGUGGUGCGGUCGGUUGGAUGUACGUCAACAAGAAGUUACUAUUUGAACAGAAAAAGUAA